AUGGAGGAGCCGCAGCGGGUCCGCUCGCACACUGUCACCACCACCGCCAGCUCCUUCGCAGAGAACUUCUCCACCAGCAGCAGCAGCUUCGCCUACGACCGCGAGUUCCUCCGCACAGUGCCGGGGCUUCUCAUCGUGGCGGAGAUUGUCCUGGGACUGCUGGUAUGGACACUUAUUGCCGGAACUGAAUACUUCCGCGUCCCAGCGUUUGGCUGGGUCAUGUUUGUUGCUGUAUUUUACUGGGUCCUCACUGUAUUCUUCCUCAUCAUCUAUAUAACAAUGACUUACACCAGGAUUCCCCAAGUGCCCUGGACAACUGUGGGAUUGUGUUUCAAUGGAAGUGCCUUCAUCUUAUAUCUCUCCGCUGCAGUGGUAGAUGCAGCUUCUGUUUCCCCGGAGAGGGACAGCCACAACUUCAACAGCUGGGCAGCAGCCUCGUUCUUUGCCUUCCUGGUCACCAUCUGCUACGCCGGAAACACAUAUUUCAGUUUUAUAGCUUGGAGAUCCAGGACCAUACAGUGA